UUUCUACAUAGAAGUAUAAUCUUAACUGCAAGAGCCAUAGAAAGUGCCACUGACGUGUAUCCCCACUCGUUGUCGUACCAGGAGACAAGCUUGACAAAGUUGUCGUUCAGAGCAAUCCCGGCCUUGGCAUCGAAGAUGCUGGACCUCAAUGGUAAACAACACCUGUUGUCACCCUGGAAGUCAGUGGAAACAAGGUCCUCAUCAACGUAACCCAAAAUGCCCUUGAGGUUUCCC